AUGGCAGACUACCAGUGCCCUGCCUGCUACGAAGUCAUGGGUACCAGUCCCAAGUGUGCACCGAUGGCACUGAAGUGUGGACAUAUAAUAUGUGCGACUUGUCUUCCUAAAACGGUCAAACGCGGUCAAGCCAAUCACAUCUGUAGCAUGUGCCGCAAGGAGUGUACUCCCGAUGCUGUCGUUAGGAUCUAUUUACCCACUCCUUCUCGCACUCUUGUCUCUGGCCCAUCGAUAUCAACCUCUCCGGCUCGGAACUCUCGACGUUUGCUCUCAGAAGAACAGAUGAGACGGGCUCAUGAGAUCGCCAACGCCGCAUCUCGUGCUGGAGUUGAUAGUCGGGGAUUAGAUCUACAGCACAUUGUCACGUCUGGGGAACAGUGGUAUUUAGAGGUCGACGCACAAUCUGUUCAUCCUAAAGAUACACUGGAUACACUGGCUGACGCUCUUCAAGAUCUCCGACAAAAGCUUGUCUAUGCAACUCGAGUUGAUAGCCUGAAGCAGCGCCUCAACCAAUUCAAGCUCGAGGUUGACAUGCAGAAAAAUGCAACAAUGAAUGCUGAACAACGCCUUCGUCAUAGCGAAAUGGAUCUUGCUCAAGCAAAGCGUGAAGCUGCUCAAUGGGAGAAACGUAUCAAGAGGGCUGAAACACUGGCUGCCCAGUGGGAAAAACAGGCUAAUUCGACAGAAGACCGGAGAUAUACAGAAUCGGUCCGAGCCGAGGGUGCCAUAAACAUUCUUCGGUCUCAAGUUGGUGUGCUACAGAAGGAACUUCAGGAACAGAGCCGACGGAAGAUUGCAUACAAGAAGAAAUACUAUGCUGCAAAGGAGCAAAACAAAUCUACCAACAAAUGUUCGAAAUGUUGCGGUCCUGUUUUGGAUGACGAUCUACUCGAAAUCAUGUCAUCGACAAGCACGGCCGACGAAGCAGAGGUAUCGAAUGCCUUUUCCGUGCCCAUACUUUCCGACGAACGACUCAGCCCGCCUAUUGAUGGUUCGGGGCGAAUCAGCCCACCAAACAGUCAAGGAGAAAGUGAUGAUGAUUCCCAAACUGUUAUUUAUGGCCCUCCGCCAACUCAGCCUCUCCACGAAUCCAAGAAGCGCAAGCUCUCAGACGCCUCCAUAGCGUCUACUUCUUCUGUAAUGAGCACGCUACCCUCUUUGACACCCGAAGAACAGAGCGCUAAGGAAUUCGCGCUGGACUCCCGGCUCUCAAAUCGAUACAAGACAGCUUGUCAAGAAGGCGUGAAAGAAGGGUGGGUGGCGCCCGACUGGAAAGCAAAGGCAAUCCUUCGUGACCGGGUCAAGGAGGUGAGGCGAGCCGCAAAGCGCAUGCGCAACGAAUCGGGCAAGGAGGUUGGCACCAGUGCUGGGAACACUGAUCAAGUCGCUUCGUUGCCUGCUAAGCAGGGAGCCCGCUUGAUACGAUCAGGCCGGGCCUGA